GCCACCAACUAACUUUUAUCUUAGCAGUUAGAGACACUGGCGCUCACAUUCUCUCUCCUCCUCCUCUCUCUCUCUCUCUCUCUGUGUCUCUCUAAGCACCUCUUUCUGUUUCCCUUUCGCUUUCACUCGGAUCUUCCUUUUCUUCGUUUAUGGGUUAUCUCUCCUGCAAUGCGGAGUCCGCCGUCGCCGUUUGCGAUCCUCACUUCGCCAGAAAACGAAACAACAACAAACCAAACCACAAGGCGCCGUUCGAAACCAGAGAGUUCUCCUUCUCCGAUCUCGACUCGGCGACCGAUGGAUUCUCCGAGAACAGCUUCCUCGGGAAGGGGAGCCACGGCUCAGUCUACAAAGCCGUUCUCGACGACGGCAAGCUCUUCGCCGCCGUCAAGAGGACCUACGGUAACUGCACCAAUAGUCCCGCCGAGAACGAGAUCGAAGUUCUCUCUCGCGUUCGGAGCCCGCGCCUCGUUAAUCUCUUAGGGUUCGGCGUGGACUCCGAAGAGAGGAAGCUGAUCGUCGUUGAGUUCAUGCCAAACGGUUCUUUGUACGAUUUGAUUCACGCGACCCCUAGACCGCCCGGUUGGGCCAGGCGAAUCCGGUUCGCUCUGCAAGUAGCGAGGGCGGUUCAGCACCUGCAUUUAUGUAACCCGCCGGUGAUUCACCGCGACAUAAAGUCGUCGAACGUGUUGAUCGACAGGGAAUGGAACGCCAGGUUGGGGGACUUCGGCCUGGCCCUGAGGGGACACGUGGAGGACGUGAAGGUCCGUUGCACGCCGCCGGCGGGGACGUUAGGAUACCUCGAUCCGGGUUAUCUUGCGCCGGGGGACAUCAGCGCCAAGAGCGACGUGUUCAGCUUCGGGAUUCUGUUGCUGGAGAUCGUAAGCGGCCGCAACGCCAUCGAUGUAAACUACAGCCCGCCGUCGGUGGUUGAGUGGGCGGCGCCGCUCAUUCGGGCAGGCGAGUAUUCCGGGAUUUGCGACCCGAGGAUUGGCCCGCCGCCCGACCCGGCAGUUACACGGCGACUAGCUGUACUGGCCGCGAAGUGCGUCCGAUCCGCGGCCGAGAAGCGACCGGAAAUGUCAGAGAUCGAGGAGUCGCUAAGGGCGCUAAAGAAAAGAGUCUCGUCGCUGACAUGCAACAGCGUCGGGCGGCGCGUGGGACGGAGACUCUGCCAAUCUUCGCCGGCGGCGAAAUACGAACCGUUGGAUGAAAGCGCAGAGGUGAUGGUGACGGGGAGAGGGGGAAGCAGAAGAAACAGGAAAGUGUCGAGUGUUUCGGGGGUACAGUCGGGAAGCGAAGAUGGUGGUUGGAGCAGUAAAGAAAAGGUGGGGCGAUCGAAGUCGGUGGGGUCAGGUGGGGAGAUGAAGCCAGUGGGGGGGUCAGAUUUUUGGAGCGUGGGGUUGGGCGGAGGAAUGAUGAAGAAGAAGGGUGGGAUAGGAUUGGGAGUGAAGAUGAUGCCGGCGGCGAUGUUAAGGAAGUCAAGAUCAAUGGGAAUGUUGCAAAGCUCGAAUCUGGGGCGCAGUAGUAGUAGUAAUAAUAAUAAUAAUGGGGGGGUUGGGGUUGGGGGUGGGGGGUUGAAUUUGAUGAUGGUACAGCAACUUCUGAGGAACCCUAAUAAUAAAGUUGGAGAAGAAAUGAAGGAGGAAGAAGACACCAAAUUAUUGGUGGCGUUCCAAAACUAGAGGUCAGUACGUAGCAAUCAAAUUGCUGCUGGCUGCUGGCUGCUGGCUGAAUAGUAUACAACUUCAAGUCAACAAUAUGCAAAAUUAAAUCUGUUAUUGUCAGUAUUACUGCAUUUUAGUUUUUUUUAUUUUUGUUUUUUUGUUUUGUUUUGGGUAUUGAAGGAUUGGAAUUGAAAAUGAAAUGACCAUACGUACACACUCAUAUAUUAUAUAAUAAAAGAAAUUCAUUUAUACAUAUGUAAUGGGGGGAGGGUAUCGGUAGUAAUGGAUUGUGGCUAAAUUCCAAAAGAUUUUAAUGCAGAGAGAGAGAGAGAGAGAGAGAGAGAGGCAGCAGGCAGCAGCGGUAGAUUCUGGAAGCAGU